AUGUCCACUAGCAUUAGUGCAUUGUGCUCAGCAUGCGUUCUACUGUUUACUUGCAUUGUGAAUAUCGAAGCGUUUGAAGGAAAAGAAUUCUUCUGCAGAGAUCCUGAUACCGGUAAACUUCACGCUGUAAAUACAACAUGGCCAUCGGAAACGUUUUGUGGUAAUUACACCUGUAAACUUAGAAAACUGAACAGAACUGAGACUCAAUACGCGCCUAUAAGACAAAUAAGUGUAACCGAUGUUCCUAUAUUUAAAUCAAACAAUAACGAAUUAAAUAAUAAUAAUUCUCAAAACAAUUUAUUUAAAAUAGAAUCAAUUAAGAAUAUUUCUAAAAUUUUAAAUACUAAAAAUGACAAAUAUGAUCCACAAACCGCAAAAAGCAAUGUUGUUGGGGAAGUUACCGAUGGUACUGACAGAGUAUUAAAUGAGAAAGAGAUAAAAACUAUAUCUAAAUUAUUGCAUGAUGUCAAAAAAAGCGAUUUGGAAGCAAUAUUAGACAUUUAUAAUUUAGCUCAAGAUUUAUACAAAGAAAUGGAUAAAGUGACAAAUGCUAAUACCAUACAAGAAACGCCAAAAUCUAUUACACAAGAAAAUCAAGAUAAUUUAUUACAAGAUGCUAAUGAUUUUAUUAAAAACAAUAAGUCAGAACACGAACCCUCACAGAGUCAUCAUAUGACUAAUGAAGCGUUAGAUAUGGACUUACAAACUUCAAAUAUUGUACAGACUACUGUAUCCCCAAAUAAAGAAAAUGCAUAUUAUAAUUUUGGAAGCACAUUGACUACUCAAGAUUUUGCAAGGCUUCCAUACUACUAUCCAUUAUCCAGUUUUCAAAGACAAUAUUCAUAUGUUCAUCCAUCUUAUACUGUUUGUCAAAAUAAUAAUAAAUCACAGGCAUGCAAUCAAGAAUCUGGUACAACCAAAAAUGUUCCAGUAGGUCCUCCUAGUUUUAGCGGAGUGAUGAAAAAACCUUUUACAGUAGACUAUCAUAAGUCCAUGCAACCUGUACUCCUACCAUAUCCGUUUGCUUACGUUCAUCAUUACAAUUCUAGUGGUCACCAAAGUAAUUUCUAUUACGACGAAAAUCCAUGGACUCGCUAUCAAACAUACAAACAAAGUGGAAGUUAUCUUCCAUAUUAUAUAGCACAAUUAAGCAAACCACAAUCUGUUAAAGCCGAACCUAAUAUAGAAAUUGCAGAUGAUAAAUCAAAGACUGGUGAUUUAUUAAAGACCUUAUUAUCGAAACCUAAGGUUGAUAAAGGUAUGCCUGAAUGGAAAACAAAACCAUUAUCAAGUAAUAUAUUAGAAGAAGUAAGAGCACAUUUCGAACAGAAAGCUAAGUUGAUAAAACCAAUUUCAUUGCGAAAAAAGGUAAAUUUAGAGAGGGUUGGUAAAGUUAUAAAGUUAGAUGAAUUGAAUAGAAAUAAGAGGAGUGUUGGUGGAGAGAAAAUUGAAGGUGUUGAUCUGUACGAAGCCUAUAUUGAAAGGACAACAUGCCAAUCAGAGGAGGAUCCGGGAUUCUUCCGAAUGGGUAACCACACAGAACCCUACCCGGCCUGCUGCCCACAAAGAAUAAGUUGA